UAGAGAAAACCCGCACAAACGGCACUACGAACACCCGUUCUCUGAUAUGUCACAAACUCAUAAGGAGCCGUACAAUGUAUAUAAUAUUAUUUGCAUCAAUAUAUAUACAUUUGUCGGUAAAGCAUCCAAGGCACAUGUUAAUCUCGCAGGUUACGAGUAAAGAGGCACAUGCACAUGUUAUAUGAAAAAUAAUAUUUUUCAUAGGUUUGUUUUUAUUUUGUCUUAUUACUUUUCAAUAGUAAGAAGAAACCAUCUUCAUUUUCAAAUUACGGUUGUUUUUCUCAAUAUUACUUUUGCUCUCCCAGAAUCUUCAACUGCACUUGCAACUGAACUAGUGAGGAGAACAAUGGCUGUAGAGUUGGUGGUUGGACCUGUUAUCUCUGCUUCCGUCGACUUUCUGCUGAAGAAGAUCCUUUCUUCUGAAGUGGCAACCUUCUUAAGAGGAAAGAAGGACUCUGGUUUCGAUAGCCUGCUUGACAAGCUGGAGACAACGUUACUCUCUCUUGCUGAGGUACUUGGUGAUGCGGAGCAGAAGCAGAUGAGAAACCCCAGAGUCGAGAAGUGGCUGAACAAGCUUCAAGAUGUUGUGGAAGAUGCAGAGGACCUCUUUGACGAAAUUGAAUACGAUGCUCUCAAGCUCAAGGUGGAAGCAGAGUCAGAACCUGACAAAACUAAGGUAAGAAAAUUCUUCUCUAGUUUCAACCCAACUGAUAUGAACAGAAAGACAGAUAUGGAGAAGCUUCUUGAGAGAUUGGAAACUUUUGAAAAACAAAGGUUCAUCCUUGAAUUGCAAAAGGGUGUGGAAAAAAUCCAAUCACUGAGACCACCUUCAAUAUCUUCCAUAGAUGAUUCUGAAUUUUAUGGUAGAGAUGAUGAAAAGACUAUUUUGAAAAGAAUGCUGCUGUCAGAUGAAGUUGGAAGUGGAAAGAUAGGUGUGAUUCCCAUAGUGGGCUUGGGUGGGAUUGGCAAAACUACUCUUGCUCAAGCUGUUUAUAAUGAUGAUGAAGUCAAGACUCAUUUUGAGCUCAAGGCAUGGGUUUGUGUGUCAGAAGAGUUUGAUGUUUGUAAGGCAAUGAAGACGCUCCAUGAAGCAAUAACUAGAGAUGCUUGUCCUGUUGAGAACUUGAAUGUGCUGCAAGAGAAAAUACAAGAAAGGUUGAAGGAAAAGAAGUUUUUGGUAAUUUUGGAUGACGUUUGGUGUGAGAAAUAUGAUUUUUGGGAUACGAUGAGGAUGAUUUUCAAAGCUGGGGCUAAGGUAGCAAAAUAA